UUUAUAGUUAUAGUUGAAAUUGCUAAAUGAUAAAAUCAGAUAAUGAUAGAAAUGUUUGAUUUGAGUUUUGCUGCCUCACGUAUCAGCCACAUUGAUCACGAGGCGGAUUUUGUUCUUUUGUAGCACCAGUGUUACCAGUGAAAAAGUUAGUGUAGGCCCCAGUUUCUAUAGUCCAGACACACAUAAUCCUGCAGGCAGGGGUCAGUUGCAUCGUUAGUGACCCCAGGCCGAGAGAGAGUGUUACAGGGUAAAGUUGUCAAGCUUGUGUCAAGACAUUUCCCUAUAUCCAUGUGGGAGCUUUGUGGAGAUGACCUUCUGAGUUCCCUUCUAUCAGCAACUGAAGCUGCAAGCAAAUGCCAAUGUAUAAGAAAGACACUUACGCGAACCUCCUGUUCCUUUUAUCGCUAAGAUCCCAUUAGCAGUCGUCGAGGGUCUCUGUCAGCUAGCCCCACGGCGAUAUGAGAAACCAGUCUGGACAAGAAAGCGAGGCUUGGAUUACUGUGUACCCACAGAGCACUGAAAACAGGCGUGUAAACUAGACUGAACAAUAAAGGGCACCCUGUAGACAAGGGACAACUAAUGCACAGACAAUGGGUUAUGUUGGAGCGCUUAAGCUUGUGAAAGAAAAUGGGACCAAGAAUUUGCAUUAAGAGAUGAUAUUGAUGAUCAAAAAAUGGACAUUUCUCUUUCUUUACAUGAGUGUUGACUGUCAUUUGCAGAUAUUCCAUACAAAAAUACAAUUACGCCAAUAAAUGACUGUUGUUAGAUUAUAUUUAAAUAUAACCACACCACAAUGGCAACUUCUUUUCAGUAAUUGGUGGCAAUGGACCAAGACUAAUUCAGUCUUUGAGGGAUCUCAGCACCGCUCCUUGUGCUUCAAGCUUGUAACAGUAUAUAAUUGAAUCUUUUUGUUGGAAUGUGACCACAGUUUACAUUUUUUUGUAAGUCUGUGGUUUUCAUAUUAUCGUAGAUUAACAAAGCAAACAAAUCAAGGGCAAAUUGCUCCUGUCUGUAAAACACUAGAAAGCAUCAGUAUUGUGCUGUGAAAAGAAAGGCUGCUGUAAUUUCAAGGUAUCAGUCAGCAGGAGAGCUCGCUUUUCAUUGCUGUGACAAAGGGGGAAGGAGGAGUUAGGGGAAUAAAUAUUGCCAGAGCAGCCAAUACGGAGACCACCUCCUCCUCCUGCUUUCCCUCUCUGCACUCUUUUGAAUGGGGCACUCCUCUUCAGUUCUCCUCUCUGUUUAGUGAAGUGUGUGUGGAGACAGAGCUGAAGGAACAGUGUGUGUGGAGUGACUGUGUGGACAUGUCAUAGUUCACUCUGUGAGUCUAAUCGAGCCGGUGGACGUGGUUAAGACUUGACAUUAUGGUUAUGAUGAGGAUCCAGUUUGGACUUGUGAUUUUGUUGGCUCAGUGGGUGGUCCACUCUGAUGCCUGGCUGUGGUCCUGGACUGAUACGGCAACUUCAGCCCCAGCGGUAGACCCCGAGGGAUCUGGCAGUCCAGCAGGUAGUGGAGAACCGCCGUCAGAAACUAUUGCGAAAAUUGGAGAAGAGAUCAUUGAUGAAGGACAUCAGAUGGAAAAAGCUGUGCAGACUUUGGAUCAGACUCCUGAGGCUCUUAAACUGAACACUGUAGUGUCAACAACAGAACCAGAGAAUGAACAUGAGUCAGAAAACUUUGCUACAGGGAUGUCAUCACACACAAGUAAACCUGGUAAUGCCACAUCUUCACCAAUAAGUUCUGAAGGAUCUGAAAACUCAACCUUUACAGGAAAUGUAACAAGACUCAGAUCUGACUUUGGAUCUGAAUCUGCAUCAGACAAUGGGUCUGCAACAGGAACUGAAACUAGCUGGCGGUCAAGAUUUGGAACCCACAAGGCUCAAAAAGAAGACAGUGGAGUCUCCCUGCUACAACUGAUUGGAGAUCCUCCUCCAAGUGAGAUCACCCAAAUCUACGGACCAGACAACACCCCUAGUUUUGUCUUUGGACCGGAUGCCAAUACGGGCCAGCUGGCACGCGCCCACCUCCCAAACCCAUUUUAUCGAGAGUUUUCCCUCAUGUUCAACCUGAAACCCACCACUAACCAGGGCGGGGUCAUCUUCUCCAUCACGGAUGCUCGGCAGAGUAUCAUGCAUGUGGGAGUUAAACUGUCAGCCGUGCAGGACAACAACCAAAAUGUCAUUCUGUACUACACCAAGCCCAAGUCAGCUGAGUCCUUUGAGGCAGCCAGGUUCCUCGUGCCCUCUAUGACGAACACCUGGACCCGUUUUUCUCUCGCAGUGAUGGACGACAAGGUGCUAUUCUACUUCAACUGUGACACAGACCCUCAGGUGGUGCACAUCGAGAGGUCAGCGGAGAACAUGGAGCUGGAAAGUGGUGCUGGCGUCUUUGUUGGGCAGGCUGGAGGAGCUGAUCCUGAUAAGUUCCUGGGCGUGAUCGGUGAGCUGAGGGUGAUGGGAGAUCCCUUUGCUGCCAGCAGGCACUGUGAGGAGGAUGAAGAUGACUCAGACAUUGCUUCAGGGGAAGGAAGCGGUUAUGUGGAAACCAGACCCCCAAGACCAGGCACGGAAAAACACACAUGGACGACGGCUCGUCCAACUUUGAGGCCCAUUCCGCGCCCACCGAUGACCAGGAAUGAUGAGACUGCAAGGGACUCCCAGUACGUUUCACUUUCUGUGGAGUCCAGCCCCUUCCUUCGCGGUCCACAAGUCGAGGCUAAAGGACAAAAGGGCGACAAAGGGGACAGAGGAGAGAAGGGAGAGAGGGGUCCAGCUGGGCCGAAGGGAGAAGCAGGCUCUGGCUCCAGCUCAAGGAGUGGAUCCCGUGGAGACAAGGGAGAAUCUGGGACAAAGGGAGAAAAGGGCAGCGCAGGCUUUGGAUAUAAAGGUGUAAAGGGCGAGCCAGGCCCACCUGGACCCCCGGGGCCCCCUGGUUCUCCAGGACCUGCACCCGAGUAUACAGUUGGCAGUGACGGCUCAGUUGUUUCGAGAGUUCCCGGGCCCAGAGGACCACCCGGAGCACCAGGACCCCAGGGAACUCCAGGAGCUGAUGGAGAGCCAGGUGAUCCUGGUGAGGAUGGAAAAACUGGUGCUCAAGGACCUCCAGGCUUCCCUGGAACCCCAGGAGACCCUGGAGCCAAAGGAGAGAAGGGAGACCGUGGAGAAGGUCAUGCAGGCCCGAGGGGGCCUCCAGGUCCUCCAGGACCCCCAGGACCAGGAUUCAGAUCUACCUUUGAGGAUAUGGAGGCCUCAGGAUUCCCUGAUCUGGAAUCUAUUCGGGGUCUACCUGGGCUACCAGGUCCACCAGGCCCCCCCGGACCACCUGGUCUUCCCGGCGCCUCUACAGCUGAAACAGCAUCGAGUUCUGCAGCAUUUGGACCACCAGGAAAAGAUGGAGCACCUGGUAAACCUGGCUUGCCUGGCAUACCGGGUACUGAUGGCAAACCAGGAGCUCCUGGUCCCAAGGGGGAGAAGGGUGAUGCUGGCGAGCUGGGUCUUCCAGGAGCAAUUGGAGAAAAGGGUGCUCAAGGAGAACGUGGUUUACCAGGAACUCAAGGAGAGCCAGGAUUAGCUGGUCUGCCUGGACCCAGGGGACCAGUUGGAUCUCCUGGACCUCCCGGGCCUCCUGGACCAAGUUAUAGAGUUGGAUUUGAUGACAUGGAGGGCUCUGCUGGUGGUUUCAAUGGACGUCCUGGCAUCGGAGGACCAGAUGGAAUACAGGGUCCUCCUGGAUUACCUGGACUUCCAGGUAACCCCGGCUUGCCCGGCAGACCAGGUGAGAAGGGUGAUGGAGGUCCUGCUGGAAGAGAUGGGCAACCAGGCCUGGAUGGCUUCCCUGGACCUCCGGGAUCAAAGGGUGACAGAGGAGACAAAGGAGAGAUGGGUGAACCAGGUCGAGAUGGAACUGGACUACCCGGUCCACCAGGUCCACCUGGACCACCAGGACAAAUCGUCUACCAGACAUCAGGCAUUUUUGAUGAAGUCGUUGGCAGAGCUGGCCCUCAGGGUGGGCCUGGUUUACCUGGUCGAGCUGGAUUUCCUGGUCCAAUGGGGCCAAAAGGUGACCGAGGAGAUCCUGGUCCUCCAGGCUAUGGUGAGAAGGGUGAAAAAGGGGAGCCAGGCUUGGUUAUUGGCCCUGAUGGAAAUUUUCUGAAUUUGGCACAGCUAGCUGGUCCAAAGGGAGACAGAGGACUUCCAGGACCUGUUGGGCCCCCUGGACCAUAUGGGCCUCCUGGACUGAAAGGUGAAAUUGGAAUGCCUGGAAGACCUGGUCGUCCUGGGAUAAAUGGAUAUAAGGGUGAGAAAGGAGAGCCAGGGGUUGGAUCUGGCUUUGGCUACCCUGGAGUGCCUGGCCCUCCAGGACCACCUGGGCCACCAGGACCCCCUAGCCCAGCCAGUCCUUUAGACCGUUUCAAUCGCUAUGAUGAAAGGAAUUAUCCAGCAAUUAAAGGAGAAAAAGGGGAGCGUGGUGAGACUGGACUUCCGGGGAUCCCAGGAGCAUCCCCUAAUGUUGAUAUCUACACAUUGAGGAAUGAACUGAAGGGAGAGCGUGGAGAAUCAGGUGUCAAGGGAGAAAAAGGAGAGCCCGGUGGUGGAUAUUAUGACCCUCGAUUUGGAGGAGUACAAGGACCCCCAGGACCACCUGGCCUCCCAGGUCCAAAGGGAGAUUCUAUAAUUGGGCCACCUGGACCAUCUGGACCAACAGGGCCACCAGGAAUUGGUUAUGAUGGUCGUCCAGGUCCUCCAGGACCACCUGGACCCCCGGGGACCCUUUCAGGAUCAUAUCGGCCCAAUUAUCCUGUCAGUGUCCCUGGUCCUCCUGGCCCACCUGGAGCUCCUGGACUAUCCUCUGGAGUGACAGCUUUGAGAUCAUAUGACACAAUGAUUGCUACGGCCAGACGUCAGGAAGAGGGCAGCCUCAUCUACAUCAUAGACAGAGCAGACCUUUAUUUGAGAGUACGCGAUGGAGUGCGGCAAGUCAUGCUUGGAGAGUACAAUCCUUUCUUCAGAGAUCUGGAGAAUGAGGUGGCAGAAGUCCAACCUCCACCUGUGAUUCUGUACCCGCAGUCUCAGGACCAGUCCCAAAACAACGGAGCAGGCCAUUACUCUGAGGGUUUCACUUUGAUAAAACCCAUUGAACCUCCAGCACCCACACCCGCAGACCCCCGUUACUUUCCAAAGUAUGAUCCCAGAUUCCCAGACCAGACACACACAGGCCAUACCGAUGGAAGAUUUGCCAACCAGCAGACGGAAAGCAGAUUCCCUGUCACUCCUCAAAGACAACCCGUCCCUCCUGUGCUGGAGCCUGCUGGCCAUUUCGACAUACAGGGAUCAGGACUGCACCUCAUCGCCUUGAACAGCCCUCACACCGGUAACAUGCGAGGGAUUCGUGGGGCAGACUUCCUGUGCUUCCAGCAGGCUCGUGCUAUCGGCCUGAAGGGAACAUUUAGAGCCUUCCUGUCCUCUAAGCUUCAAGACCUCUACACCAUCGUCCGCAGGUCGGACAGGGACAGCGUCCCCAUAGUAAACCUCAAGAACCAAGUGUUGUUUAGCAGUUGGGACUCUCUCUUUGGUGACAAUGCCAGCAAAAUGAGGGAAAACGUACCAAUCUACUCCUUUGAUGGUAGAGACAUCCUCAGGGAUAGCGCUUGGCCUGAAAAAAUGGUCUGGCACGGAUCAAGCAAGAAAGGCCACCGGCAAACAGACCAGUACUGCGAAACGUGGCGAACUGGCGACCACGCUGUGACUGGUCUGGCAUCAUCACUACAUAGCGGCCACCUCUUGCAGCAAAGCCCUAGCAGCUGCUCCGGCUCCUACAUCGUCCUUUGCAUUGAGAACGCCUUCACAUCACCCUCCAAAAAAUAAAUGUCCAUUCUCCUGCUUUUUAAAAAUUUUUUUGUCAUAAUUCUGGGCCCUAGCUAAACAUCCAUUUUACAUCCAAACAGACAUGUUUUGUUCUUAAUUCCCCUGAUAACACAGCUUGUGAACAUGUGGCGUCCAAUGAACUGGCCCAGCGGCACUUCGCCCGGCAGGGAGACUUUGCAUUGUCUGCUCCUCCCCUCCAUACACGCCAAAGAGAUGGGUUAAACCGAGGGGUGUUGGUCCCUUUUCUCGGGGGCAUUGGCACAUAUUUUCUUCAAGGGGCAGAACAACAGCAGAGAAGCUAAAAGCCUUCUCAAAUUUUAGCCCUUUUUAAAAAUUCUGUAUAUUACAUGUUUUUAAUUUGUGUUUUUUUUAUGUUAUCAGUGUCUUACCUUUUGUUAAAAAUGCUAUAUCCAUUUUUUUUCUCCAUAACAUAGGUAUUGAUGAUUUCAACAUUUCUUUUCCUCUGAAUUCUUGUUUGGAAUUGUGGGUUGUGAUGGGGUACAGCAAACUUUUAAGGACUAUUUUAAAUUGAAAUAAGAUAAUAGAUAUUUAUUUUUAAAUGAAGUUAUGUAAGUAUAAAAAAAUGGAAAAUUAAAAAAUGCUAAAUACCCUCAUUUAUAAUCUACAAAAUAUGGAACAUUUAAAAAAAAAAAAUUUCUGUAAAGAGCCUGUGCCUUACUACACACACGGAAAAGCUUUACACAAUAAGCUCAUACUUCUUUUUUACUCGUUCUGUUGAUAGCCGAGCAUUAGAACAGUUUUUGCCCAGGUCACGACACUCCUGUUAUGAAUAAUCAUGUAUCCAGAGGGCAAGAUUCCUUCUCAUAGAAAUUGAGCCUGAUGAUUUUAAAGUGAUUAUUUCCCCCUUUUCGUCUUUCCACCUUAUAAAAGCCUAUCAGCGAUUAAGCUGGAAAUGAUUAGCUUGCUGCUAAUCUUUGUUGGAGUGAUUGCUGUCUCAGGAAGCGGAAAACCGGAAUAACUUUUUUUUUUGGCCUUGUCUUAAAUUGCAGAGAGUAACGGCAUUAAUGCUACCGCUGUCUGAAACAAACCUGUGGAUAUCAGUGGGGGGGUUUUUUGAGGGGGGUGGGGGGGAUUGUUUUAUUAUUA